GAUAGAUAGAUAGAUAGAUAGAUAGAUAGAUAGAUAAGCAUCUUUACCACAACAAUUUUAAGUUUUAAGGAAAACCAAAUGUCUUCCAAGACUUUCUAGUUAUGAUCAUUGUUCUUCAUCACUGACUGUAACAUGAAAAGGAAAAACAUUAAAUGUGAUGUGCAUUCAGGAAGCUGCACUAGUGUAGAAAAUAAGGUCUACAGAUUCACAAGCUUUUCUUACAUAAUAUUUAUAGUAAAAUAUGUCAUUGUUGAUAUGAUGAAGUAGUGUGUUGAGGAGAUGUCUAACAUCCGUGGAAGGAGUCUCCAGUGUCAGCACUUUGUAACAGUCAGAAGUAAAGCGGUAACUUUUCUGACACGGGAAAGACUUCGGGCAGAGGAGUUUACGCUUUGCUGCCUUAUUACACCAUGCUGUUUGUUUGUUUGUUUGUUUCCUAUAACAACACGCCCCCAAGUAUUUUAUUUUUUAAGCUAUUCUCUAUAAUAUUAUUCAUUUUUCAUUAUUCAUUAUCUGCCCCUCGCCUAUGCAAAUAAUCAUGCUCAGACAGAAAGGCAACCCUUUUAAAAAUGUUUUUUUUUUUUUUACAAUAUAAACAACAUAAAAAUAACACGACAGUAUAAUACCCUGAUCAUAUUACUUAAAUUGUGCAUUGAAUUCGAUUUUAAAUAGUCGUGAUCAUUUCACAUCAUGGAGUUUUGUUACAGUAAUCGGCUGUGAUGAUGAAGCUGUGCCCUUCCAGCUCAUUGCUCUCAUUAGAAGCUCGCUGCUGUUGUGAUUCGAUGCCUCGGGUGUUUUUUUUUUUUUUUUUUUUUGCAGAGUCCUCUCACUGCCUGUGUACUCCCACUGUCCAAAAUAAUCAGGAUCAUUUUAAUGAAGCGUGGCACAGUGCAUCCUCAGAGCUCGCACACUCCAGCCACCGAGAGCACCUCCACUGGGCUGAGAAGGACAUGGCUAAGAAGUGUGUACUGAGUGUCAUGCAGAAGCCUGUGAGCUCAAGCCAGGUGUAUGUGGAUCACUGGUCUUCCAGUGUCCUAAAGAGCCCGUACUCCAGCAGUUUAGUCUUCCCCCAGAAAGAGGAGGAGAAAGAAGGGAAGAUGCUCAAGCACUCCCCCUACAGACAGUUUAAAAGAGCACAGCGCAUCGUCUCCACAUCUACCCACCGAGACGUGAAGUCUCUCGCGCUAAUCGGAUCGGGAAACCAGGGCUAUGGAGAAAUCAGCCAAUCCCAGCUCUUCCAUUAUUCCUGGCCAGGGAACAGUAUAACCAUACAUGGCAGUCCUGUUGGUCUGUCUCCUCGUCCUGGUAGCCAGCUGAAUAGAGCUUCUCAACCUCGAGUCAGACUCCCGCAGCUGGCUAAAGGCAGUAGAGAUGGAGAGAACUCCUUGAAGAAGCUGUGCAUCCUCACUGCCAUUAAACCAUCCAAUGUGGAAAGUGAGAAGGCCAAGUUCUUCAAGUCAGACUUCAGGUAUAACCCGCAGUUUGAGUACAGCAACCCAGCGUCCCCACAGGUCCUGGAAAAACACAGCAAAGCCUCUGACCGCUUCCUCACACAGGCAGUGCGCAUCAUGGAGCUGGCUCUGCACAAGUACGGAAAUUACGAGAAGUUUGAGCAGGCCACCGGAGGAAGCUUGCUGACCAAGGGCCGAAUCUGGGCCCACGUCAAGAAGUACAUGGAGAAGGAAGGCUGUGUGGGAGAGAUAGUGGUGCACCUGACCGAUGACCUGCUCUCCAGAGCCUCCAUGACUGUAGUGAAUGGCAGACCAACUCUCACCAUCAACAUCUCCAUGGCCAGGGAGCAGUGGCUCGAAGGCAUGCUGAGACAUGAGAUCGGUACGCACUAUUUCCGCAGCAUCAAUAACAGCCAGCAGCCGUGGAGCAGCGGAGCCGGGAGGAAGAAGCUCGGCCUGAAGCCGGUCAACCCCACCGAGGAGGGUCUGGCCAGCAUCCACAGCGUGCUAUUCCGCAGAGACCCUAGGCUGUGGCGUGCUGCCCUGCUCUACUACACCGUCCACCAGGCGGCGCACAUGUCCUUCUCUCAGCUCUUCCACGAGCUCGCACGCUUCGUCCACGAUCCCGGCACCCGCUGGGACUACUGCGUACGGGCUAAACGCGGCCAGACCGACACCUCACAGCCUGGCUGUUUCAAUAAGGACCAGGUUUAUCUGGACGGCAUCCUGAAGAUCCUCAGGCACAGAGAGAAGAUCGACUUCCAGCUCCUCACUGCACUUGGGAAGGUGUCCUACGAGGAUGUGGAGCGUCUGAAGGGCCUGGCUGUGAUGGAGAACGUGCGAAUCCCUCACUUCCUGCAGGACCAGGCGCGGUACGCCGAGCAGCUCCAGAAGAUCAUGGCGGUCAACCAGCUGACUGAUGAAGAGCUCCAAGCGCUCAUCUGAGCACGCUAGGAGACCCCUGUGACCUCUGAUUCCCACACCGACCUGGCCUGAUAAUUCUGAUAAAAAAAAUCUGUGUUAGUGUGACCAACCUUGCAUCUCUGAACCAGCCUAGGAGUGAUGCUCAUUAAACCCAAGUGUCCUUUUCAA